AUGAAGUUAGUGUACCUUUUACUUGCCUCCGUGGCCCUUGCCGCCGACACAGGCUUGGGCUGCUACUCUCUGGUCGAUACAUCGAAUUUCGAAGGCGAAGGCCAGUUUGAGACGUCUGAUACGUGCAGCAAAAAAUGUGAGAACUAUCCUUACAUUGCCAUCAAAAAUGGUGGUAUGUGCUACUGCCUAUCGUCUAAACCAUCAUCCAACCAGGUCUCCGAUUCCCUGUGUUCCACCCCAUGUAACGGUUAUGGUGACGUGAAGUGCGGAGGCUCCAGCGCGUUCACCGUUUUCAAGGGUUUGGGCGAGGACUCGGGCUCAAGUGCUGGAUCGCUGCCCCUGUUAUCGUCGAGUAGCCCGCUGAGCUCCUCAACCACUCUGUUUAGCUCGUCCACCGAUGGUCUGACUGCCGUUGGCGCCACGAGGACGUCUCUGCAGAGCCAAUCCUCAUCGACCCACUCUAGUUCCGUGGCCACAUCGAGCUUUUCUUCUAGCUCCUCCGCAACGCAUUCAGACAGCGCAGCCACGAGAACUGUGACUCAAAGCUCACACCCCACAACCUCCUCCACACCUUCUGCAUCACUGGAACCAGACAAUACACAAAGAGCGCUGUCUACUAACGUGGGUGCCAUCGCUGGCGGCGUUGUUGGAGGCGUGGUGGGCUUAAUUUGCAUUGCACUUGCCAUCUUCUUCUUUAUCCGUCACAGGAGAAAGAACGACGAGAGCGACGACGAGGAGUUCUUCGAGAAGGGCUCUGGCUCUGGUCUCUCGAGAGGCAAUGGAACUGCUAAAUCCAAGAAAUACAACUCUGCCUUUGACAUGCCAAUGGCAAAUCCCUUCUCCGACGAAUUUGCGGACAAAAGAGCAUCCAAGAUGACCACAAACGGCUUGGCAGACCCCAGACUCAACCCUGCUAUUGUGGGCAGAAGAAGACUCUCGGACGGCUCCCUAGCCGACGAAACAGACUACUCGCGAAAAAUCCUAGCGGUGGCCAAUCCUUGA